AUGAAGAUAACUGCUUUAUACUUAAUCGCUACUGCUAUUGCUGCUUAUGUCCCAUCCGACAACUUUUCCACUUUAACCCCAGAAGCUAAGCCAACCGGUACUACUGAUUACCCAGAUUCUUUCGGUAUCCAAAUUGAAACUAUGAAAGACAAGAGAGAAAUUCAACAAAUUGGUGAUGGCCAAAUCCAACAUCAAACUGGUGAAGCUACUCCAACCCCUGUUGCUACUCCAACUAAAGUCAUUAACCAAAUCGGCGAUGGUCAAAUUCAAAACCAACCUACAGCUUCAGUCAUUAACCAAAUCGGUGACGGUCAAAUCCAAAAUCAACAAAAUCCUACUGCCACUCCAACCAAAGUCAUUAACCAAAUUGGUGAUGGUCAAAUUCAAAAUCAACCAACUGCUUCAGUUAUCAACCAAAUUGGUGAUGGUCAAAUCCAAAAUAACCAAGAUACUGCCAAUCAAAUUAAUGAUGGUCAAAUUCAAAAUAACGGUACCGCCAAAUUCCAAACUUGUGCUACCGACAACAGUUUAUCAAUGACCUUGAAAUCUUCCAUCUUAACUGAUUCUAAAGGAAGAAUUGGUGCUAUUGUUGCCAACAGACAAUUCCAAUUUGAUGGUCCUCCACCUCAAGCUGGUUCAAUUUAUGCUGCCGGUUGGUCCGUUCUUGAUGGUUACUUAGCUUUAGGUGAUCAAACUGAAUUCUACCAAUGUAUGUCAGGAGACUUCUACAACUUAUAUGAUGAAAAUGUUGCUGAACAAUGUGAACCUGUCAAAUUAGCCAUUGUUGAUUUCGUCUCCUGUUAA